CUGCAUUGUAUUGCAUGCGUUAUUAAUAACAAAGAUCAAAUUGCCUGCUGGGAAGAAAGCCGCAGUCGCGGCUAAAACAAAUCAAUAAAAUGAAUGUAGACGACGUAAUAUACGUAUUAUGCCUUCUGGCCUGCAUUGCUGCUGGUAGCUAUGUGCGAAAGGUGCGCGAUGAGACGCAACGCAAAUACGUAUGUUCCAUGCUGGGCCUCAUUGUCGUUGUUGUUGUCUCGGGCUUCCAUAGCCUGCACUGCGCCAUUUCCGUCGGCUUGGGCACAGCCAGUGUGCUCUUAGUGCAUCCUAGCAACUGCCAUGUAAUUACUUUUGUUGUAAUGUUUGGCUAUUUGGUGUUCUUCCGGCUCGUUUAUCUCUUCGGUCUGCCUGCUGUGCCUGGGCCAACAAAUAUGAUACAAAUGUUACUUACACUCAAGGUAUCCGGCAUUGCAUUUGAGAAAACUGCAGCCUGGAAGCGUAUUCGAGCUCAAGAUGAACGGGUCAACAAUGACCAGGAUAAUGCCAAUAGCGAUCCCAAUCUGAAUGUUACAAGCUACGAUUUAAGCUUGCAGCAGCUUAGUGCUACGGAGAUUGUGCUUUAUAGCUUUAAUUACGUUGGCGUGCUCACAGGUCCCUAUUAUCGCUAUCGAACAUAUCGAGAUUACUUUCAAAUGCCUUUCAAGGAUCAUGCGCCUUGCGUGCAGGCAACCAUCGAGCAACUGAAGGCAGCCGUCUUCUACUGCAGUCUUUAUUUGUUGGCCAACUACAUGUGGCCACUAGACUAUGCAUUGAGCGAUGAGUUCUACAAUGAUCGAUCCGUUCUCUAUCGGGUGUUGUACGUGUGGCCCACGUUCUUUAUUUUCCGCGCACGCAUCUACACGGGGCUGACGCUAAGCGAAUGUGUCUGUACAAUGGCCGGAUUUGGAGCGUAUCCAGAUGAUGCGGAUACCAACAAUGGGGAGGGACCACGAAAGCUGUACCAGGAUAUGGCAAAGGAUCCGGAGAAGCAUAGCUAUAAUUUCACAACAAUUGUUAACACACGAGUGCUAGAUGUAGAGCGCUGCUGGACUUUCCGUGAAGGCAUGAAGCAUUGGAAUGUCUGCGUGCAAUAUUGGCUAGCGGUGAAUGUGUAUAAACUGUUUCCCAUCAAGAAAUACAGAACGGGUGCCAUUUUCCUCUGUUCCGCGUAUUGGCAUGGCUUCCGGCCUGGACACUAUUUCUGCAUUAUGGGCGCACCUUUCUAUGUAAUAAUGGAGGAUACAUGGCACAAGCUAGUUCGCAAGGAUGCUGUUGGCAUGCGUCGCACCGUUAUUGAUGUUAUCUUUUGGAUAUGCAAGUGGUUUGGCUUCAGCUAUCUGGGCACAGCAUUCUUGCUAUCCUCCUUCGAUAGCAUUUGGCGCUUCUAUAGUUCCGUCUAUCACAUUGGCUACAUCACCUGGGCCCUUCUGGUUAUCGUGGGUCUGUACCUCACAAAGCUAAAGAAGUCGGCUGAGCGCAAAGCAAAACGUGCUGCGGAUUCCACUGCAUCCGCUGGGGAUCCCAGCGCAGCCAAACAAAAGGCGCAGUAAGAGAUUUCCACAGCUCAGCAGCCAAACACAUUUAUUCUGCAGUGAAAGACUGCAACUAUCCGUGUUCCAUUUCUAUAUAAAUUUAUAGAUUCUUAGUCAAAUGUUUAUGUACACCAUAAUGAUUUUCUUCUACAUCGGUGCAACGAAAUUUAAGGAACUAAGCGAGCACCAAUGUGGAUGCCCAACUAAAAUAUCGAAAGCAAGAAAAAAGUUUACUUAGCAAUAUUAGAAAGCCCUAUCCUAUAAAGUAAAUAUAUUCAUAAUCUGGACAACAAGCUAAGUCUUGGC